CCCCUCCCAAACAUAAGUCACGGAAUAGUAAGGACGGCCCAGCCCACGGACUGCUUUCUGACUCUGCAGCGAUCCUGCAGUUGUUGAGGAAGAAAGUAAAAGCCAGUGAUUUCUGAUCUACUCUCCAGAGUCUAGCAGAAGAAACUAAGGCAUACACCAGAAGGAAUAUCAUACCAAGACCUACAAUCUUCCUCCUUCCACAUUUAUCCCAUCGAUCACAGCUGGUACAUUAUAGAUGUGCGCAGAGGAGUAGUCUUCUUUUGCAUAAAGGAGCAGCCUGACAUAAGGAUCCCUAAUGGCUAAUGAGGCUCAACCUCGCCCAUGUGACAUUGGGCAUAAGAUUGAAUAUGGAGGCCUGGGACGUGAAGUGCAAAUUGAGCACAUCAAGGCUUACGUUAGCCAACCACCAUCUAACACAGACAAAGCUGUGAUUGUUGUUCAAGAUAUUUUUGGCUGGCAGAUGCCCAACACCAGAUAUAUGGUUGAUAUGAUUGCAGCCAAUGGAUAUAUAGCAAUUUGCCCAGACUUCUUUGUAGGGAAAGAACCUUGGCACCCAUCUGAUGACUGGUCUACCUUCCCGGAAUGGCUGAAAACAAGAAAUGCUAGAAAUACUGAUAAAGAGGCCAGCGUUGUUCUUAAGUAUCUGAAAGAGAAGUGUCAUGCCCAGAGAAUUGGUAUUGUUGGAUUCUGCUGGGGUGGAGUUGUUGUACAUGAUUUAAUGAUGAAAUAUCCAGAAUUAAAAGCAGGAGUCUCACUUUAUGGCAUUAUCAGAGAUUCUGAAGAUGUAUACAGUUUGAAGAAUCCUACACUCUUUAUUUUUGCAGAGAAUGAUGCUGUAAUUCCUAUUGAGCAAGUCACUUUGCUGACACAGAAGCUGAAACAACAUUGCAAAGUUGAUUAUCAAGUUAAAGUAUUUCCUGGGCAAACUCAUGGGUUUGUGCAUCGCCAGAGAGAAGACUGGAACCCUAAAGAUAAACCAUAUAUUGAAGAAGCAAGGAGGGGUCUAAUUGAGUGGCUGAUCAAGUAUAUUUAGCCAGUAGCAAGACAGGCUUUUUCAAAUUAACCAAAACGCAAAACGUAGUUAUCAUUUUUCUUUAAAAAUCCAGAAGGCUUAAAAUGAAUUUUACCUACAAAUUAUAAUUUCUAUUUUGAAAUUAUACUCCUUGUUUAUUCAUUUAAUGAUUAUUCUCAUGAAAAUUAUAGAUAACCUUAUCUAGGUAAGUUCUACAAAGAGUAAGAUCUACACAAGUAACUGCAAUAUAGAAUAUAAGGAAUAAAUACUAUUGGAUUUCCUGACUAGUGUCAGGAAAGAAUACUUUUGGCUGGAGCAAUCAGGAGAAAAGGCAGCAUUUGAGCUGGGCCACAAAGGGGAAGGAACUAGAUAAACACAGCAGGAAAGUAUUCCAGGUGGAGGGAAAAGUCAGGAAAAAAAACUAUUCUCCUCUCCCACCCAAAGAUACCAUUUCUUCUUUGCAGAGAAUUUAAACUACACAGAAGGGAGAAAGCAACCUAAGCAUUAUGUGGAAAUUGUUACCCAAAAGUAAUUAUAAAAGAGGAUGCUUGAUUUAAUGGUAGCAGUUGUAGAUGUUUUGAAAUCACCUCUAAGUUUCUAGGUAGUCAGCUGCUGAUGAAUAUACUAAUUUGCUGUCUUGUACUUUAGGCCUAGUGUCGGAGAAAUGAGUGCAGCGCUAGGACACCUUAACUACAGGAAAUUUAGUGAGUACUUGAGGGAAAAGCUGCAGAUGAGUCCAUUUCAAGCAAUCCAAUUACAAUCUUGAUGAAAAUUAAGUUUAUUAUGAUAAUCAUUCAGGACCAUGCCUUUUGAUUGUUACAAACAGCCAUCUGUCAAAAACAAAAAAAACCCAAACAUAUCCAGAACAUGAGACUAAAAUAAAUAUAAUUUUGAAACCAAA